UGGGCAGCGCACGCAUGCGCACGGGCGGCGCGGCCGGACCCCGCCAGAGCGCUCAGUGGCGCGCCGGUAUGCCCGGUCGAUUCCCGGGCGCGCGCAAACUUUCGUUCUUACCCGAAACAAUCGAAAAUCCUAAAAUUCAACCCGAACCGACGUUGUCUACCGUGAAUCCGGCCCCGCUAAAAUAAAAUCGGUGAAUUAAUAUCGAUCGACGAUUUAAAAACGACGGAAGUGUAUUAGAAGUUAGACCGGAGAGACGUUUAUGGUGGAAGCAUGGGACAUAUCUGGACAUCUGUCGUGUGAUAACAAAAGCACUUUACAGGGUCGCGGGAUGGGUUUUAAUUGCCUUUUAAUUUAGAUUUCGAUCAUGGACAACUGACUUUUUGACAUAUAAACGCUGUUGUGCCGCAUGAUUCUGUUAUGAAAACAUUUUGGUAACGAUAUUGCCAUUGGUUACAGAAUUGUAAAAACAAUGUGUUAGAGCCGAUUUCACCGGAAAGCGAUAGAUCAUGAAUAAAACAUCCAUCACACCGAAGAGCACGUGGCUGGGCAGGUGAGCGAUGCGGGCGCGGUGGGCGGCGUGGCUCGCGUGGUGCGCGUGCGCCGCGGCCGCGCCCGCCGACCUGCGCCUGCCCUCCGCCGCGCCCGCCGCGCAGGUCGCCGCACUCCCCGCCUGCAACCUGCUGUACUUGAAGAACCAACCGCCUUUGCCGUCGAACGUGCGGGAGUAUGAAGCGGCCACCGCGCACACGGCGCGCGCCCUGGCCGAGCUGGUGGAGCUGGGCGCGGCGGACGAGACCCGCGCAGCAGCGCUGGCGCGCGCCGCCGCCCGCGCCCCCCUCUCGCCGCCCCCCGCAGCCGUCGCCCUGGGCGCGCCGCAGCUGCAUCUAGGAGUACUCUACGUCGCCGAACCGCCCCGGCUCAUAGUCUUCCAACAGAAUAACUCGUUAUCUCUCCGACAAUUCUGGAGGACUCUGGCGUCAGCGUGGAACGCCACUACAGUCGUGUGGUCAAACGCGUGGUUUUCAUGUGACAAGGCAGACUUGGGCUGGUGGGGCGGAGUGGCGGCGGCUCGAGGUGCCGGCCCUACGCGAGCCGCCGCGGCUAUAUUCCGGCGGUGGCCCUCGCUGCCGUGCGAGGAAGCCAUGUACGAGUGGUUCGGUGGUCCACCACUUUGUGACCCGGCAACAUCUCUUUGCGAAGCUUUACCAACUGAUGGAUCUACUACGAAGAAAUUAGAGUACCGCUGCAAAUGCCGUGACAGCCACUGGCACCCGCUGGGCAGCGAGUGGGUGGGCGAGGCGUCUCUGCGAGCGAGUGGCGCCGCGCUCUCAUGCACGCCGUGCGGCGUUGGCAGCGGCGCCGCGGCGUGUCUAGCUGAUGUAUACCGAGCUGCAUUGCUAGCGGCAAACCUCGCGGGGAUGCUCAUCUGCUUGGUCAUAGGACUUAUCAUCUUUAAGAAGAGAAAAUGCAAAGCAGUCGCAAUGGGAAUGUGGACAGUUUUAGAAGUGGUUCUGCUAGGGGCGCUGCUGAUGUACGCCUCCGCUGCCUGUCAGUACAUAUCGGAGGCGCAGUGGCGUUGCGUCGCGGGCGCGUGGCUCCGCGAGCUCGGCUUCGUGGCGUGCUACGGGUCGGUGGUGCUGCGGCUUUGGGUGUUACUAGCGGAGUUCAGAACGAGGAAAGCUCAUCGGUGGACGCCCAGAGAUUCUGAGGUGUUGCGGGUAGUCGGCGCCAUGAUUUGCGGCGCGGUGUGCUACCUUGCGGCGUUCACGGCGACGUCGGCGUGCGGCGACGGCAGCGGUUGCGCGCGCGCCGCUUGGCACCACGUCACAGCCGCCGCAGAGUUACUGCUGCUGGCUGCGGGCGCAAGGAUAGCCUACGCUGCGAGGAACGCAAAUGUGCCGUUUCAGAGGCCGACAGUAACGCGCGAAGUAAGAGAAGGUUACAAAAUUGACAAGUGGAGACAGAAAGAGUUGCAUGGAAGACAUCUGAAAGAAAUCGAGCAGGGAAAUAUAGAUACAGAAGCAUCAAACAAAUGGCUACAGUUAGGUUACUUAUUUCCAGAAACAGAAGGUUUUGCCAUAGCUAUACAAGAUCAAGUCAUCAACACCAAAAACUACAGAAAACACAUAUUGAAAGACGUUACAGCGAGAAAUGACCUAUGUAGAAAAUGCCACAAAGCACCUGAAACAAUACAGCACAUCACGGGGGCNCUAGACCUCGUGUGCGGCGCUGUGGGGCGUGGCGCCGGAGCGCUCGCCGCUGGCCGCGUCGGCGCGUGCGUCCUGGCGCCGCGCCUGUGGCAUGGCUACCGCGCGCGCUCGCUGGCCCAGGAGGUUCACCUCGUAUGCGGCGCUGUGGGGCGAGGCGCCGGAGCGCUCGCCUGCGUCUGCGUCCUGGCGCCGCGCCUGUGGCAUGGCUACCGCGCGCGCUCGCUGGCACAGGAGGUGUCCCGUCGUGGGCCGUCUGAGGGCUUCGGCGUGGAGGGCGAAGAGGAAGCGACGUCUGAAGAGGUGCGCGCAGAACUCAAGCGCUUAUACGUGCAGCUCGAGAUCAUGCGCAGCAAGACGCUGCGCCAAGACAACCCUCACAUAAGCAAGCGGCGCGGCGGCCGCAAACCGCCGCACAGGCGGUUCUCGCUACAGGCGCUGCAGGCGCGGCGAGGCGGCAAAGGCAAGGGCGGCGGCAGCGCCAGCGUGGUGGAGGCCAGCGAGGCGGGCGACGUGUCGCGCACGCCCGAAGACUCCGUGUGCUCGGCCGAGGGGCCCUCGCACUACACCGACGCCGACACGCAGGCCUGAGCCUCGGGGCCCGCGGGGGCCCAUCAUCUACAUCCACUUGACAGUGUUAAAAGGAAACGAAACAGAGGUGCGUCUCCCGUGCGAGGCGAAAUCACUAGUGAAAUUUCACCGGCGGGAGAACCUCGAGACUCUAACUCGGUGUAAAGGAUUUGAAAUCACCGCUCGUUCCUGGAGCUCAGUUGAGCGAGCGGACAGAGUAGGUUGUCGUUUUGUAUUCAAAUGCGACUCAUACGGCUAUCUUAACGAAAAAGGGCACAACUAUUUCGACCUGCUCCCACAAACUGUUACGAAAGGGUUGGAAAUCACUUUCUAUGACAUGUUCCCUAAACAUUGUGAUGUGACCAGCGUUUUAGGACCCUUGACACUGCCUACAUCAAAUAUCGUGUGACAGCGAUGAAUACCUGCCUUUAGAAUAAUAUAAUAAAACAAAUCAUAAUAGCGCACAAUACGUUAAUAUAUUCAUAGUAAGAAAAAAAUAAAUUAAUCCUUAUUGAAUUUAUUCGAGAGAUGUACAAAUUAUUAGAUGUGCCUUUUUGCGUUAUGACGGCAGCAAACAAACUCAACUUUAACGUGUAUCUUGACGUUGAUAGGACUAGGAAGGUAAGAAGUGUUGGCUGAAACUUUAAAGUGCGAGUAUAUCGUCAAGUUAUCUAAGAAUUUUCAUCUUAAACUAUUUACUUUUUAAUACAUACACUCACAAUAUAAUUCUUGUAGAAAGAUUCGGCAAACAGUCUAUAUCCAGAGACGUCCUAUUGUAUACCUUGUUAACUAUCAAGACUUAAAUGCACGACUACUGCAGUUAUUUAAAGACUCGUAUUAUUUUAGUUUGUUCUCUUUAAAAUUAUGCUGAAUAAAAUCUAUUUGUUUAUUUAAUAAAAUUGGGAGUUUAGAAUACUUAAUAGUUAAAUAUAUUUGGAGCGUUCGUUAUGUAACAAGAUUUCUAAUCAUACGUGUAAAAAUAUUAGUACAAUAAUUUUAUUUACUAAGUAUGUCUGUCUAUUCAUAGAAGAUGUAACAUUUUAUACCUGUACUUAGAAAGAGGAUCUUUAAUAUCGGUGAGUGUAUCCUGAAAGUUGUUGUUGCUGUCGAUAUUAUCUAAACUAUGCUUGUUACUUCUAAUUAUACAAGUCCUUGCUAUUCAUAUUACUAUUCUUUUCAAUAAAUAUUACAAAAUCUAUGUCAUUUGGAGUUUGGGUAUAGUAAUCUAAUUCAAUGCAAACCGUUAACUUCCGAAAUUAAGACAUGAACUACCUAUCAUCUAUUCGAUUCUACGAGUACAGUGGGUAAAUUUUUCAGUUAUCAGCUGACUUACUAUCCGAAGAUUGAAGAAUGAGUUUAUCAUUUCUAUAAAAAAUAUGUCAAAACAACAAUAAAUUCUCUAGAUAAAGGUUAUCAGAUAUUGCAAAACUUUUCAAAAGUUCAAAUGAGGUGCUUAGGAAGGAGGCUUAUUAAUGCAACAAAUACAUACCUACAUUUAGGUAUGUAGUCAAAUAAAUAAAUAAACGCCAUUUAUCGGUAUGCUGACUAUUCUUUAGCAGAAUAGUUAUCAAUUGAAACAUUCGAACUAUAAGAGUGUUCUUAGUCUCAUAUAAAUUAACCCAGGACUGCAUAAAUACCAGACCGGGUGUUUCAGAAAGUUACUGUCACGUUUCAGAGAUUAUUCGAAUUUUGCAUGAGAAUUAUUCAAAAGAUGUAAGGUAGGCACUAUCACCUGAGCUCUGCUCGAAAAAUUUUUUUGGGACACUGUACUCGUAUAAUGGUCGCUAAUCGUGAAGCGUUUAUAGAGCAAUUAACAUCAUCGGUGAUUUAGCAAUGCAAGCUGUAUCUGAUGUGCUACAAAUACCAAAUCCACUACGAGUAUCUCAUCCCUAUAAUCAUUGCAAAAUACCUUAACUUAGAAUCUAAUUAGCUAUCUAUCUUAAUACUCAAAAAGACUAUAAAGUAUGGUUGUAGUUUCUUGAUUCAUAUUCUUAUCACUAGUUAAAGAUAUCGUGCCGGACAAAUCAGUUACCAUGAAAUAACAAUAAUUUUGUAUUUAAAACCGUCAUAAGUAUUCAUAUAUUUUGUACUCAGUGCGUUAGUACUGAAUUAUUUACCAGUCGUAUAUAGUGUCAUUUUGUUACGUUUUGUAAUUUUAUCUAAACAUAAUUGUUGUGUACCUUUUCUCUAGUCUUCGAUGAUAGUUGAAAUUGUUAUUAGUUUUGUACCCUAUUUAAUAACGGGUGUUAGUUUUAAGAUUUUGUACAUAGUAGAGCAUAAACAUUUUGUAAGUGCAUGUGAGGUGCAUUUUUGUUUAGGUUUAUAAGAGCUGAUCGCUGACUUGUACACGGUCACAUGUUGUUAUUCAAUGGGGAAAACAGUUCUGAUGAAAUGAAACCUUUUCAAUAUUCUUGCUCGUAAAGUGGCCUUUUAUAUCACCACCACCAGUGCAUUUUGCACUUGU